GGGUUCCUCACAACUAACUCACUACUCUCAAAUAUCGAGCAUUGGUGAGAAAUUGUUUGCAGUAACAAUGAGUUCAAUAGUGGAAAGGAAGAAGUUGAUUAAGGGGAAGGUGGUGUUGGUACAGAAGAGUGUGGCUCAAAUCAUUAACACUCCACAGGGUUUUCUGACUGUUGGUGCCAAGAUAGUUAACAACAUACCCACUCUUGAUAUCGUUAAGUCUGUGUCUUUCAAGUUGAUUAGUAGUACCGAGUCGGAGAAUCCAACGACUUUGGCUGGAAAAGUUGGAAAGGAUACCUAUUUGGAGAAUAAUGUUUCUGUGGUACGAACUGUGCAAGAGAUCAAAGAGGAAUUUGAUAUUUAUUUUGAAUGGGAUCGUAAUGAGAUGGGAAGUCCAGGAGCAUUUUAUGUCACAAACCAAAUGGAUGAGGAGUUCUUCCUUGUGAGUUUGACUCUUGAAUAUCCAAGUCAACACGACAACCAUACCAAUAUUUACUUUGACUGUAACUCCUGGGUUCACAACCAUAGUUGUUACAAAACGGAUCGCAUAUUCUUCGCCAACGUUCCAUAUCUUCCUGAUACGACACCAGUGCAAUUACAAACGUACAGAGAAGCAGAGUUGAAUAACUUAAGGGGAGAUGGAACUGGAAUGCGUCAGACAUGGGAUAGGAUUUAUGAUUAUGAUGUCUACAAUGACCUAGGCUUUCUUGGCAGCGAUGGACCAAAAGAUCACCCAGUUCUUGGAGGCCUCAAUUAUCCCUACCCUCGUAGGGUUAGGACUGGGAGAAACCUCAUCCAGAAUAAGAAAAAUGGUGAGUUUUAAUUACAUGGUCUAAAG